AUGGAUAAUUAAUACAAUCCAUUUUACAACAAUUCUUUGGAAGCAAAUCGGAAGACUAAUUUCUAAGCAUCAAAUGGAAAAAGAGUGGUUUAAGAGUAAAAGGAAUAGGGAAAAAUUUAGAUAAUGAUUAUGUAGAUAUUACUUAAUAAAUUGGAUAUGAAAGAAAAUUAUUAAAUUAAAAGCCAGUACCUGUUUAUAAAUAAAGAGAUGAUCGAUAAUAAAAGGUCUGCUUCUGAGAGAAAGGAAAUAAUUAGAAAUAUUGAAAAUGAAGCCAAUAAAAAUUCAGAUGGUAGAUUUUUUUCUAAAGUUUUUUAGUAGCGUGAUAAUAAAGAGUAAUAGAAAUAGCAAGAGAAAUAAGCAUAAAUUGAAGAAAUAUAAAAAAAAAUUGAUGAAGGAAUGAAUUAAAAUUCAGUAAUGAAAGAUGAGGAUAAGAAAUAAAUUAUAAAAACAGUCAAAAAUAGACAUUUAUUGUAAUAAUAUGAUGAAUCAAAAAUGACUUUUAAUGAUUGAUAAAUAGUAAAACUAAUCUAACAAAUAAUAAUAUAGCACCAAAUUAUUUAAAAGAGAAUUUAAAGUAAGUUGAUGAUAAAUUUGAAUAAGAUUUAAAAAAUAAAACAAAUCCUCGCACACACCUUUAACUAAGUUAUAAUCUUAAAGAACCUUGUAAGACUAAAAUGCUAUAAAUAUUACUUAUAAUCACCCAAACACUUCUGGAAAUGCAUAAAAUAAUAGAUCUUUCAGAAAUAACUCCUAACAUAAUCAUUAUGAAUAAAAUAAUUAGUAAUGAUAAAUGCAGUUUGAAUAACAGUAAAUGUAAUAAUAAUAUCUCUUGUAACAAUAAUAUUUCUCUUAAUAAUAAUAGUAGCUUUAAUAUUUUUAAUAACCUUAAUACAGAUAAUUUGAAUAAAAACCUAUAAUUCCUUAAUUAAUGGAGAAAUUUAAAGAGAAUUCGAAGAGUUGAAGAUCAUAAACAGAAUAAAAAGUAAAGAAUAAGAGGAAGGGAUAGAUAAAUUAAGAGAAUAAAAUGAGACGCAAUCUUAAAUUU